CAGUGUCUCAAAAAAAUUUAAUAUUACAAAAAAAACAAUUUCAAAAAGUAUGUUUAAUAUGGAAAUGUUGGCCUUUGAAAAGUAUGUCCAUCUUUAUACACUCAAUACUUGGUUAGGGCUAUUUGACUUGAACUACUGGAGAUGGACCUUGAUAUUCUAAUGUAUUAAGAUGCACCUGUAUAUAUUUUAUUAACGGAACAACAUGACAAACAUUUUCCUUUCUCUCCCAGAAGAGAAGCCUGUCAUGUCCGGUCCCACCUGGCUUCCACCAAGGACUCUGGAUAGCCCCGAGCGAGCCGUCCCCCAAAUGUCUCACUCUGCUGGGUCAGCAAUCUACAGAGCCCCCAACAAGAAGGGGACGUCUGACUUCCGGCCAAAAUAUGGCGCCUAUGACCAGAACGGAGGAGGAGGAGGGAUGGCCAACAGGUACAUGGCUACUGGACCCACAGGUGGGCCCAUUCAUCAUUCGUCUAGCGAUCACUAUUACAACCCUCCACAUGGUCCCAAAGAAGACCGCAACUGGAGCCCCCACAUGGACAGCUACGAGUUGAUGCACCGCGGCCCUGAAAAGCCAGCGAGCUAUCACUCCAAAAUCGAUGCUGAAAUUGACUCCCUCACCAGUAUGCUCGCUGACCUGGACAGCCACCCACAGGACGCCAGCACACAACUGUACGACAAUGUGCCUUACAAUAAGUACCUCUCAGGGGAUCAUUACAAGCCUGCGCACCAGAGCGCGGCCCCUCCUCAGGGUCGGCCAUCUAUGGGUUACCCCCCUCAUCCCCAGAGCCAAUACCACCCAGCACCCCCGUACCCCAGCGAGCACCAGGCACCUCAGUACUCCACCUCCCACCAGCAGGACUACUACUCCUCUUCAACCCCGAAGCCCUACCCUCAGCCCGUCCCGGCCUCCUACACCACUGCCUCAACCCCUACUGGUCCCAGGUUCAGCGUCCAGGUCAAGACAGCGCAGCCUGUCACCUACUCUCAGACCGGCAGACAGGCUGAACAGGCCUACACGCCGCCACCUCCUCGCCAGCACGUGUCCCGACCCCCUCCCCAGACGCAGAACAGUCAGCAGGGCUGGUACCCUUCACAUCCCGGCUCACAAGCUCAGGAGAUGCACUCUGAGGCGGUGUACAAGGGGAGCAGCUCAGCACCUGGAGGCAGAGUUAACCAGGUCCAGAUGUCCAAGAGAGGGAUGGAGAAUAAUCAGACAGGGUCUGCAGCUGCACAGAGUCCUGCUUACCAGUCCAGCAAGCAGGGCAUAGCAACAACCAGGCCUGAGGAAGAGUUGGAUCGACUUACCAAGAAGUUGGUAUAUGAUAUGAACCACCCCCCUGUGGAGGACUAUUUUGGUCGCUGUGCCCGCUGUGGUGACAACGUGGUCGGUGACGGGAGUGGCUGUAUCGCCAUGGAGCAAGUUUUCCACGUGGAGUGUUUCACAUGCAUCACCUGCCACGCCCGUCUCAGAGGGCAGCCCUUCUACGCCCUCGACAAGAAGAGUUACUGUGAGAGUUGUUACAUUAGUACAUUAGAGCGCUGUUCAAAGUGCUCGAAGCCCAUCCUGGACCGUAUCCUGCGGGCCAUGGGGAAGGCCUACCAUCCUCGCUGCUUCACGUGUGUGGUGUGUAACUGCUGCUUGGACGGCGUGCCCUUCACUGUGGACGCAACCUCUCAGAUCCACUGCAUAGAUGACUUUCACAGGAAGUAUGCUCCUCGCUGUUCUGUUUGUGGCGAGCCCAUCAUGCCUGAGCAGGGCCAGGAGGAGACGGUGAGGAUAGUAGCUCUGGACCGCAGCUUCCACGUUAACUGCUACGUCUGUGAGGAAUGUGGUCUCCUGCUGUCCUCAGAGGGGGAGGGCCGAGGCUGCUACCCGCUGGACGGACACAUCUUGUGUAAGAGCUGCAGCGCUCACCGCAUCCAGGACCUCUCCGCCAAAAUCUCCACUGACUGCUAACAGACCUGUUGCGUCCGCUCCACCUCUUCAGCACUCUCACUUUUGUGAAUCCACAGACAGUCGACAUGUUACACGUUAUUGAUGCCGCAGACAGGAAACGCUCCUGCUCCGCUCUGACUCGUGAGCUUCUUCUUCUUUUUCCUUUUUUUCUUCAGCCGCUCUGACGAUGAGUUGACAUAAACUUUGCUAUAGUUCCCUCUGCUGGUCGCCAGCUGUAAUUUCACUUGCAGAGGAACAAUUUUUUUUUUGCUCCCGAUGGAGCGAACACCUCACUAGUUUUCUUUCAUUCAGAUGUCCUGCUACAUUUUCUGUCUUUUUGUUUCGGUACACGGCCACCCCAUUUCCAUGGAAACCCAUUUAAACCAAUGAGAUAAUGAAAAGAAGAAAAAUAGAUGCUGUAAGUCAUUAUAACAAGGUGCUCUCUCAAUAUAAUGACUCAGAAUCUCUCAAUAAUGAGAAGCCUUCUCAAAAUAAUGACUUACUAUCUCUAAAUAAUGAGAAAGCACAUUUCCACCAAUGUGAUUAAAGAUGCUGCAAGUCAUUGGAGUGAGUAACUUCCUUAAAAUAAUAACUUGCUAUGUCAAAAUAAUGAAACUCUCAAAAUAAUGACUUAGAAUCUCCAAAUAAUGAAAAACUUUAUCAAAAUAAUGUUUUUUUUCCCCCUAAAUAAUGAAAAGCUUUCUCAAAAUGAUGACUUAGUAUCUCUAAAUAAUAACUUAGAAAUCUAAAUGAUGAAAAACUUUCUCUAAAUAGUGAUCCCCCCCCAAUAAAAUUUUGUUUUCUCUAAAUAAUGACUUAUCUAGAAGUCGUGACUGUUUCGAAAAAGAAACUCUUAAUAUUACUUAAUAUCUCUAGAAACUUUCUCAAAAUAAUGACUUCGAAUCUCAAAAUAAUGAAAAACUUUCUCAAAAUAAUGAUUUUGAAAAUAAUGAGAACUUUCAAUAUGACUUAAUACCUCUAGAUAAUGAGAAAUUUUCUUAAAAAUGUUAGAAACUUCCUUAAAAUGAUGACUUAGUAUCUCUAAAUCACUUUCUCUAAAUAAUGACCUACAGUCUUGAAAUAUUGAGAACUUUCUCAAAAUGAUAGAUUCGUAUUUCUAAAUAAUGAGGAACUCUCAACAUAAUGACUUUAAUUUCUCUAGUUAAUGAUACCUUCUCAAAACAUUUCAAAACUUUCUCAAUAUAAUAAGAAACUUUCUCAACAAAUUGCCUAAUUAUCUAGAAGUAUCCUUUGAGAUGCGUUUCAUUAUUUGAUGUCGUUAUUUCUAUCAAGUUUGUCAAAAAUAAUUACAGGAUGUAUUUUUUUUCUUCUUUUACUGGCUCCAAUGGGCUUCCAUACAUUUGUCACAUGUAGAUAAGUAUUAAUAUGUCUGUGGCCUGACCUGCAGGCAGCUUGGGCUCCUCUUCCCAUUCAUCGGUACUGCUCAACUAUUAGCUUGCACAUUAUUCUCACUUAGUAUCUUUAGAUAAUGAAAAACUUUCUCAAAGCUCAAAACUUCCUCAACAUUGUGACUUACUAUCUCUAAAUAAUAAUUAAAACUUACAUAAUGACUUAUCUAGAAAUUGUGACCCACUAUCUCAAAAUAAUGGCAAACUUUGGAUAUGACUUAAUAUCUCUUCAUAAUGAAAAAACUUUAUCAAAAAAGUUAAACACUUUCUUUAAAACAAUGACUUAGCUCCAAACACUGAGAAACCUUAUCAAAAUAAUGGCAUACUACUAACUUUCUCAAGAUAAUGAUCUAAAAAAUAAUGAAAAAACUUUCAAUAUGACUUAAUAUCUAUAGAUAAUGGGAAACUUCCUUAAAAUGAUAACUUAGUAUCUCUAAAUAAUGACAAAACUCAAUACAAUGACUUCAUUUCAAUGGAUAAUGAUAAACUUUCUCUAAAUAAAUAAUGACUUAUCUAGAAAUAGUGACCCACUAUCUCAGAAUACGUUGGAUAUGACUUAAUAUAUUUAGAUAAUGAGAAACUUUCUAAAAAAAGUUUGAAACUUUCUCAAUAUAAUGAGAAACUUUCUCAACAAAUUGCCUAAAAAUCUAAAAGUAUCUUUUGAGAUGCUUUUCAUUAUUUGAUGUCAUUAUUUCUAUAAAGUUUCUCAUUAUUACAGGAUGUUUUUACCUCACAAGGCUUUUUUUUCUUCUUUUACUGGCUCCAAUGGGCUUCCAUACAUUUCUCACGUUUAGUUAAGUAUUAAUAUGUCCGUGGCCUGACCUGCAGGCAGCUUGGGCUCCUCUUCCCAUUCAUCGGUACUGCUCAACUAAUAGCUUGCACAUUAUUAUUCUCACUGUCAAAGACAAUGAAAGUAUGGAAGGAUGUUAUAGAUUUAGACUUUUUUUUUUUCCUUUUUCAGAGAAGCAGCACAUGAGGUGAUAAUCAGGCUUGUCCGUAUCCAUCUGAACGAUGGAACUUGUACAUUUGUAAAACACUAAAAGUGCAAAACUGCCUCAAAAUAAACGAUUUAAAAGCACAUAAUGCGACAACUGUGACUGUACAUAACAGGCUGGUUUGGUUUGACAAUGAAACGGGACUUUUUGGAAAACAUGUAGUGCCGUGAAUCUUUGCAGAGAAUUAGCCUCAUAGCAGGAGAAAUGUAGACAAAAGGAAUGUGUAGUUACAACCUAGACGUUUAUUUUCCUUUAGCUUUUAUUAAAUGCUAGAAAAAAUCUCUCAUACAUCAUCUACAGUUGUUACAUCAGAGCUCAUAACAGAAUUGUUGCCAUUUUUUUUGUCGUUAAAUCCUCCAGAUUAACAUUUUUGAAUGUCUACGAUCUCUUUGUUUUUUUUUUAACAAUUGUUGUUGGUUGAUACUUGACUGUUACAUUGAAGAUGAUGGUGCAAUGAAGUCGAAUGCUUUCUUCUGUCUUAGGAAAACAGGGUGUCGGUCACUUUGUGUGGCUUAAAAAACAUCCCGUUGUGUGAAGUUUGAGCCUCGUGUGAAGAGUUUGUACAUGUGUCAUAAGGAGGAAAGUAGUAAACAAAAGAUAUACUCAAUUAAAGAUAUAUUUGGUCAUCUUAUUUAGUUAAAAAAUAUUUUUACGUGCUGUUUUUAGGGGAUUUAAUGGCGUAUUUUCCCGCCAAAACACAGAUUGUGAUUGUGAAAUACAACUCUUCACUUGCGGACUUGAUGUUGUUGCACUCAUGUGGGCCGAGUUUGAACUGUCUGACACUUUGGAGCGGCAGUAUUUUGUCAUGAUUGUGUUUAACCUCUGUCUUUCCGUCCUGAUUUUGUCUUUAUGUAACUUAAAGGGCUACACAUUUAAAAAACCUUAUCUCAAGGAUGUCAUCCAGUUUCAUUAUAAUGCUUUUUUUUUUUUAAAACUGGAUUUGUCUGUGAAUUCCGCUUUUUUUUUUUUUUUUUUUUUGGAUCAUGGUUAAAACGGUUCAUCUCUUGUUAAUUUAUCUCAUGAUGUGUGUGUGUAUAUAUAUACUGUAUUAAUCUGCUUUAUACCAUCAUUUCAUUCAUGCUCAGACGUGUCAUUUUUAAAAUCCAGACCCAUGCCAACUCUGGUGCCAUACUCCCUGAAUUGCACCUUGUGUUUGUUAUCAUACUGUGUUCAGUUUGAAGCGCUGUGAAUUGGAGCCUGUAUAGAUCAAAGCCCGCGGUACUGCAGCUGACCUGUCCACUGAUGAACUCACGCCGAGAAGAAGGAGGCUGUUUUGAGCCGAAUAAACAGGUUGUUGGGGUAGAAAUGGCACCUGGUUACAUCAGUUGGAGAGCAUGUGAACACAUGGCUGGAUUUCUCCUAAUACAGGUUGUAAUUACAUAACUGAUUAUUAAAAAUGUCAACAAGUCAA